CGCAUUUCGGAUAGCCUGGCGUCCCCUGUCUUUGUGCCCCUGCGCCACCUCUGUGAGAUGAGCUCGUCCGAUCCGAAACGAGAACUCCUCCUCCUUCUGCUUACUGAAAUGCAGGCCCGACAGCCGCGUGUCGGCUAUCACUUGCUCUACUUCCUUACUGUCAGCAAGGUCAAUGAUGAAAAGAUGACUGCCUAUCGGGAUUUUUGUGCCAGCCAGGAGAAGCCGAAUCUCCUGGCCUCUCUUCAUCGAGACAUGGAGGUAUGUUUUGACUUAAUCGUGGUGGUUUAA